AUGGAAAAGCUAUCAAAACGAAAGAGGAAUGAACCUGGGAGUAGAAUCGACCCAGCUUGGCAGUACGCGUUCGAUGUAAAUGCAGAUGCAAAGUCUUCUAAAUGUAAGUUCUGCUCUAAGCUGCUCUCUGGUGGGGCAUUUCGUCUCAAGCAUCAUCUCGCCGGAACGAAGCAAAACGCGGUGGCCUGUCCGAGUGUUCCUGAUGAUGUGAAACGACAAAUGCUGGAGCUCUUGGACUUCAAUUUGGAAGCAAAAGAGGUACGAAAAAACUUGAUUCGUCCUGGUCUUGGGGUUAACAGUAGCGAAGCUGCUGUUCCUGUAGAGUCAGUUCAGUCCAGUAUGCUUCCUAAACCUAACAGGGAUCGUCGUCAAUCAACCAUGAGCCAAUUGUUGAAAAAGGAUCUUCGACAGGAUGCUUGUAGGGGUAUAGCAAGAUGGUUCUACAACAACGCCCUUUCUUUUAAUGCUUCUAGAGAUGAUUUGUUUGCUGAAAUGUUUGAGCUCGUUGCUAGACAUGGUCCAGGUUUUAAACCACCAUCAUACCAUGAGCUAAGAGAGACUUUGUUAAAAGAAGAGCUUAAGGAAGUAGAAGGAAAACUUGUUGUGUUCAAAGAGGAAUGGAAAUCAGUGGGUUGCACUAUCAUGUCCGAUGGAUGGACUGAUAGGAAGAGAAGAUCAAUCUGUAAUUUCUUGGUCAAUUGCCCAAGAGGCACUAGCUUUGUUAAGUCGAUAGAUACGUCAGGCGUCAUUAAGAAUACAGAAAAGGUAUUUCAGAUGCUGGAUAAUAUUGUAGAGAAGGUAGGAGAAGAACAUGUUGUUCAAGUUGUCACCGAUAAUGCAUCUGCUUAUAAAGCUGCUGGAGAAAGACUAAUGGCAAAGAGAAAGCACUUGUUUUGGACUCCGUGUGCAGCUCACUGUUUGGAUUUAGUGCUAGAGGAUUUUGAGGAACACUUACCGGUCACAAGACAACCAUUUCGAAGGGAAAGAAGAUUACGAAUUUCAUCUAUGCAAGAACUAAUCUGA